UGGGUCGAAGGACUCGCACUCAUCACUAGCCGUCCCGGACCCUGCGGCCGUGGCGCGCCUCGGACUCCGCGUUGGGGAGUGGGCGUGUGCCGGGCCGCCGGGCCCUGGAAGGAGAGCUGAGGGCGCCCCCCGGGUCUCGGGGAGAGAAGAGGAACGCGUGUUCGGCUGGGCCGGAGACGCGGGUGGGAGGGGCCCCAGACCCGCCCCAUCCGUAGCCGAGCCCGCUCGGCGUCCCAAGAGCCGCCCUCCGCGCCCCGGAAGCUUCCUUCGCUAACACCGCAUCAGCCCCCCGCCCGCUCCGCUUCUGGGGCCACGACCCGCGCCCGCCAUCCUCUAAGGCGAGCGCGCCCCCGGCCCGCGGACCGCGCGCACAGCCCACGCCGCGGGCGAGCGAGACCUCGGCCCGCCACCAUGACUUCCAGUAAGAUAGAGAUGCCCGGCGAGGUGAAGGCUGACCCCGCCGCCCUCAUGGCGUCCCUGCACCUCUUGCCAUCGCCCACGCCCAACCUCGAAAUCAAGUACACCAAGAUUUUUAUUAACAACGAGUGGCAGAACUCAGAGAGCGGGAGAGCGUUCCCUGUCUAUAAUCCAGCCACAGGAGAGCAGGUGUGUGAAGUUCAAGAAGCAGACAAGGCAGACAUAGACAAAGCGGUGCAGGCAGCCCGCCUGGCUUUCUCUCUUGGUUCUGUGUGGAGAAGGAUGGAUGCUUCUGAGAGAGGCCGUCUGUUGGAUAAGCUUGCAGACUUGGUGGAACGAGACAGGGCAGUUCUUGCAACCAUGGAAUCCCUAAAUGGUGGCAAACCGUUCCUGCAAGCUUUUUAUGUGGAUUUGCAGGGGGUCAUCAAAACCCUUCGGUAUUACGCAGGCUGGGCUGAUAAAAUUCACGGGAUGACCAUUCCUGUAGAUGGAGAUUAUUUUACCUUUACCAGACACGAACCCAUUGGCGUGUGUGGACAGAUCAUCCCGUGGAACUUCCCCCUGCUGAUGUUUGCUUGGAAAAUUGCUCCGGCUCUUUGCUGUGGCAAUACAGUAGUUAUUAAGCCUGCAGAACAAACGCCGCUCAGCGCGCUCUACAUGGGAGCCCUCAUCAAGGAGGCUGGCUUUCCGCCGGGAGUCAUCAAUAUUUUGCCAGGAUACGGGCCAACGGCUGGGGCAGCAAUAGCGUCUCACGUUGGCAUAGACAAGAUUGCGUUCACAGGGUCAACGGAGGUUGGAAAGCUUAUCCAAGAAGCAGCUGGAAGAAGUAACUUGAAGCGAGUAACUCUGGAACUUGGAGGGAAAAGUCCCAAUAUUAUUUUUGCUGAUGCUGAUUUGGACUACGCUGUGGAGCAGGCCCACCAGGGCGUGUUCUUCAACCAAGGUCAGUGCUGCACCGCAGGGUCUCGCAUCUUUGUGGAGGAGUCCAUCUAUGAGGAGUUCGUGAGAAGGAGUGUGGAGCGGGCCAAGAGGCGCAUCGUGGGGAGUCCCUUCGAUCCCACCACGGAGCAGGGACCGCAGAUUGAUAAGAAACAAUACAACAAGAUCCUGGAACUCAUCCAGAGUGGCGUGGCCGAGGGUGCCAAGCUGGAAUGUGGAGGCAAAGGGCUGGGCCGGAAGGGGUUUUUCAUCGAGCCCACGGUGUUUUCGAACGUCACCGACGACAUGCGCAUUGCCAAGGAGGAGAUCUUUGGCCCCGUUCAGGAAAUUCUGAGGUUUAAGACUAUGGAUGAAGUUAUUGAAAGAGCCAAUAACUCAGACUUUGGACUCGUCGCAGCCGUCUUCACUAAUGACAUCAACAAGGCCCUCACAGUGUCUUCGGCAAUGCAGGCUGGGACUGUUUGGAUCAAUUGUUACAAUGCCUUAAAUGCCCAGAGCCCCUUUGGGGGAUUCAAGAUGUCUGGAAAUGGAAGAGAAAUGGGGGAGUUCGGCUUGCGAGAGUACUCCGAGGUGAAGACCGUGACUGUAAAGAUCCCUCAGAAGAACUCCUAAGAAGGCUGAGGAGGAAGGUGGAGGCAGCCCGAAGGACCCUCCCUCUCUGCUCUCCCUGGGGGGCCCGGCUCUCAGGAAUCCAAAGUCCAUACUCCGUCCUUAUUUAAAGAUGUAAACAAUGACAUGUAGGCCAGGCCAGUCACUGCAUAAGGAAAGCAGAGCAUGUGCGUACAGUCUCCUGGCACCCCGUAAGGGAUCACCUUAACGAUACCAAAUAGUGGGGAAGGGGGGAGCAGGCAGGAGGAGUCGCUGUCGGCAACAUCCAGUCUCUCUUUCCGGAGCGAUGGGCUGAUGUCUUUCGUCACAAGGAACUUUCCUCCUGAGGAAAGGUCAUCUUUCCAUUGUCUCCAUUUUCCCCCUUCCAGGCUCUCCCUGCUCACCACCACUCCCCCUUCCCACCCCUCCAAGGAGAUCUCAGCUGAGCUCAUUUGGGGCAGAUGUUUGGGCCGGGAACAAUUUUCCAAGGGUUUGCAGCCAAAUUACCAUUUCAUGUUAUCCACUUCUUCAAAGCAAAACAUGAAAUGGUUUUAGUUAGAACCAGACCAGACUGAGACUGCCAGGAGCUGGUACACUGCAGAUGUACCGAGAACUGAGAGCUCGGGAUGUUCCUGACCCAGUCUGGCUUUCGUACAUCCAUAAAAGACACGAGUGAGAAAGAUCAGGAAAGAUGCAGACCCAGAGAUCACAUGUAGUUCACAGCUUCUGAGCUUGCCGUGUGGUUUUAGGGUGUGUGGGUGUGCGUGUGUGUUCUAUCUUCUGGGUGAUUCUGGAAUAAGGCAGCAGGGGCGGGAAGGGGGUUGUUUUUCAUAGACUGAUAAAAUCUCUUUCCAAAGCUCUUAAUAAUCAACCCCAAAACGAAUUGAGUCAGCUCAAGAAUUUGGUACCAGGUAAUGCUGGGGGCCUUGGAGAAAUAAGUUCACUUCUAGUACUGGCUGACAAUUCGUAGGAAGUGAAUUAUCUCUGCAGUUGGACUCGGCAGCCGCUUCUGCCCCCCCCCCCCCCACACACACACACACUGCACCAGACCCGAUCCUGCCAGUGCUCUGGGUGUUACUUUGGCCUAUCAUUGCCCUGAAUGCACUGGCAGUAACCUUGGAAAAUCCGGCCCAGCCUGGAGGUUCCGUUGCCAUUUGCAGAGUUGCAGCGUGCCACGCUUGCCGUCCUCCACCAGCACCCCACCGCCACGCCCAGUGGCGCGUCCACACAUGGGUUUCCCUCCCGACAAGCCUCCUGAGGGGGGGAGGCACAAAACAGCCCCUCUCCCUCCCCUCCGGCCAAACACUUCUCCUUCUGCUUUCCAGUGCAUCCAGCAGCUGAUGGACAGCGUCGGCUUCCUUUCCUCCUUCACUCUUUCCAGUCGCUGAAUCCAACCCAGCCUGUAACCUAGAUGAAGAUCAUUUAUUUAAAAGUACCAACCAUAACCUAGAGUACAUGGAAUAUGGGCAACGCGUAUAUAGCCUUCUGUAUGUAAUGGGUUCCUGCUUUCUAACCACACCGGUUUUCUAUUUAUGAGUCUCGUCUAUUCAUGAUGUUUAAGGGAAAUCUCCGUCCGCUGUUAUUUACGAACGACCGUGCACUCAGUGGCCCGAUGCCUCGAGAGACGCCACGCUUCUGAGUUCUCCCAUGUGAAUGUCAUGCUCUCCUCCUCUAGCGUGUGUCCAAGUGAACAUAUCCAUUAACCAGCUAGUUACCUUUCAACUGCAAUAUAGAAUGUGAAAAUGAAGAUUUAUUUCUUUUAAUUUACUUAAAAAGAAACCUCUGUGCUAGCAAUAAAGCAUUUAUAUUGUGUA